UGUCAUCGGUGGAACUCAUUGACGGCCGAUGAUGGCGGUCACCUGCGGGAGUGGCGAAUCCCUCCCGACGGCAUAAAGUAACACCCAAGUCGCUCAAACUUGUUUCUCCUCUUGAACGACGGAGGAGCCGUGACUACACGAGGUCGGACCAAUUUUCAUAUCUUUCUCGGCCAGAAGCCGGCAAAAAAAGACGCAAACAUGCCUAAAGCGGUCAACAUUAACGUCAAUGCCUUGGACUCGGAGUUGGAGUUCGCUGUCUUGCCAAGCGCUUACGGCAAAGUCGUGUUUGACCAGGUGGUGAAAACAAUUGGUUUACGUGAGCUGUGGUACUUUGGACUCCAGUAUAUUGAUGGGAAAGACUAUUUAACCUGGCUCAAACUGGACAAAAAGGUGUUACAACAGGACGUGAAGAAGGACAACCCGCUGCAAUUUAACUUUCGGGCCAAGUACUUUCCCGAGGAAGUGAAUGAGGAGCUGAUCCAGGAGAUCACGCAGAAGCUGUUCUUCAUGCAGGUGAAAGAGGGCAUCCUGAGCGACCGGGUCUACUGCCCGCCCGAAACCGCGGUGCUGCUGGCGUCCUACUCCGUCCAAGCCAAAUACGGAGACUACGACAGAGAAACCCACAGGCCGGGAUACCUCCUCUCUGAGCGCUUGCUGCCCCGCAGAGUCUUGGAGCAGCACAAGUUGUCACAAGAACAGUGGGAGGAGAGGAUUCAGGUGUGGCACGAGGAGCACCGCGGGAUGCUAAAGGAGGACGCCAUGAUGGAGUACCUGAAGAUCGCCCAGGAUCUGGAAAUGUAUGGCGUCAAUUACUUUGACAUCAAGAACAAGAAGGGAACGCUGCUCUGGCUCGGAGUGGACGCCUUGGGACUUAACAUUUAUGAGAAGGAUGACAGACUUACGCCCAAAAUCGGCUUCCCUUGGAGUGAAAUUAAAAACAUUUCCUUCAAUGACAAAAAGUUUACCAUCAAGCCCAUUGACAAAAGGUCACCGGACUUUGUGUUCUACUCGCCGAGACUGCGCUUGAACAAGCGCAUCCUCCAGCUGUGCAUGGGCAACCACGAGCUCUACAUGAACCGACGCAAGCCCGACUCCAUCGAGGUGCAGCAGAUGAAGACGCAGGCGAGAGAGGAGAAGCUGCAGCGACAGAAGGAGAAGGCGCAGCUGGAGAAAGAGAAGAAGAAGAGGGAGGCCAUCGAGAAGGAGAAGGAGAUGAUGGAGCGGGAAAAGAAGGACAUCAUGAUGAGGCUCUACCAGUUUCAGGAGAAGACCAAGAAGGCAGAGAAAGAUCUGGAGGAGCAGACGGAGAGAGCCAUGAUGUUGGAGCAGGAGCGUUUAAAGGCAGAGGAGGAAGCAGCCCGCCUGGAGGUGGAGCGUCAGGCUGCGCUGCUGGCGAAAGAAGCGCUGGCUCGCCAGUCGGAGAGCCAGAAGAUUAGUCAGGAGCAGCUGGCGGCGGAGCUGAGAGAGCACACGACCAGGAUCAGUCUCCUGGAGGAGGCCAGGAGACGCAAGGAGAACGAAGCAGAUGCGUGGGAGCUCAGGGCCAAGGAGGCCCAGAAUGAUCUGAUCAAGACCAAGCAGGAGCUGAACAUGGCGAUGAUGGCGCCUCCGCCCGCGCUGCCGAUGAAGAUGCCCACGUACAUGCCGAUGAUGAUGCCGAUGCCAUUUCCGACGCAAACGCCGACGCAGACGCCGACGCAAACGCCGACGCAGACGCCGACGCAGUCGCUGAUCCAUACGCCCCUGCCGCCGCCCCCGCCUCCCGUCAUGUACGACAAUUUCGAUGACAACAGCGACAGCGAGGAGAACAACAGCAUGCACAGCGCCGACCUCCCGAUGGACGGCAUCCACGAUCACCGCAGGGAGGAGGAACGCAUGACGGAGGCCGAGAAGAACGAACGUGUGCAGAAGCAGCUCAAGGCGCUGACCGACGAGCUGGCCCACGCACGCGAUGAGUCCAAAAACACCCAGAACGACAUCCUGCACUCGGAGAACGUGCGGGCCGGCCGGGACAAGUACAAAACCCUGCGGCAGAUCCGGCAAGGCAACACCAAGCAGAGAAUUGACGAGUUUGAGGCCUUGUAAGGGAGGAGGCGCAGCCACUUGGAGAACACUUUCUGAAUGCUCACUCGCCAUUUACGCUCAAAAUUAGCCACAGUGGAGCGGGCGGCAUAAAUGUGUCAUAAACGUUGCCCCGAACCAUUAUUAUUAUUAUUUUUUUUAUCACAUUUGUGCCAUUGUAUUUUAAUCAAGGCGAGAGCACUUUUAUAACUGUCAUUAUUGGCGUGGGGAGAAAAAAAAAAUGACUCACGGUGACCAGAAAGUUUUGACAUAGUUUGUGUGAUAUGUGUAGUCUUCGUACACUAGAUGGCGCCAUACUAGUUAGAAUUCAUAUCUAGUUUAAUAUUUAUAACAUUGAAAAGGGUGUUUCAUCUUGGUUUGUAUAUUUGUGCUAACGAUGAACAUUAAACAUUUUUAUUCAGACUAAAAAAAUCGUGUCGAUGUCUCACAGUUCCAGCUUUUAGUUUCAGAUCAGUAAAGCCAUUUUAUUGUAAAUUAUUGUUUCUUUUGUUUUUUUGUAUGUGACAUACAACGGCAUGCCAUUAAAUCACUUGAGACUG